AUGGUUGUCAAACAGCCCACCAGUACCCCCAAACAAUAUAAAUCAGACAUUAUCAUGUCUUCCCGGACCUCCCAAGUCCCUUUCGAGCUCCCCACGCCUCCUGCCCCCAUACUCGCCCCCAAGCGCAUCGAUGAACCAGACCACAACCCCCCUCCCCAGCUGGACAGCUCUAUCUCUACCACCGCUCCAGGCUCUCCCACACCCGCCGGCGUCAAUAGCACGACUGCAAACAUGGAUCUCACCCGCUUUACCUUUAGUGCCAAGGUCUACCGUCUCAGCUUCCUUGAUCAGUCAAACGACGUGCUGGCUAUCUCUACUUCUACUCCGAAAGCAGGGAAGAUUGGAGACAUGUUUAAGCGGAAGCGGGGAGUGAUUAUCACGAGGACGCUGAAGAUGUUGGAAGGUGGAGAAAGAGCUGAGGUUUUGACGGAGAAAGAGAAGGAUGAGCUGUGGGUCAAGAUUGUUGGGAGUGAGAUGGAGGCUCGAUUGUUAUGCCGUGGAGACGACGAUUCGGAUGUCAAGGUGGAGGAUGUCCAGAUGGAGGUGACGGAAGUUGAAGACGAGAAGAACGAGGGCGACGAGAAUAAGGGGGAUGCCGGUGACAUCGAUGACAAGUCCGUUGUGCACCGCGAGGCAGUCGCCAUGAAAGAAAAGUCUCUGUGCUCCGAAUACUCUGAAGAAGAGGGGGAUCGCCAAGAGAUAUCCAUGCUCCGUGACAUCCCAUCUCCUUCCCGUCUGGUCGCGCAGGAAGCUUCGACUGAUACAGCAGCCAUUCAUCUCAAGCCUGUAAGCAGAGUCGACAGUGAUCAAUUCUUCACUCCAGGCGGCUACUCGCUUCCAACCUCACACUCGGCCUCAUUGUUGAACGAAUACCCCAGCAUUUCUGAAAAGCCCUCGACUAUUGGAGCAUGCUCUGCUACAGACGACUACUUUAGCAUCAGAGUCGCCGAACGCCGGCAGAUCAAUAGCCCCUUGCGAAUGGAAUCAAACUACCAGCCGUACUCUCCUCAGUUGGACGACGUAGAAAGCCAGCACCCACCUCCUAGGAAGGAGUCUGCCUCCAAGCUUCCGAUGAUGCUCUUUUGGUUCGGCUUCCUUCUCCCUCUCGCUUGGAUUGUGGGAGGCUGGUUCUGCUCUGAGGCUCGCAUAUCUCGGACCACAAAGUCUCUCGAAUCUACCUCGAACGACCGUGUCUCAAGCAAAGCCACAGCUCCUGUCAGUGCUCCCAGCCCCCUCCAGUCUCCUCCCCACCAUCCCACGACCAUCUCCAAUCCUCGCUCGCCCCAGAGCGCCUUGCACGCUCUUCCACCUUCUCCCCCAGCUACUGUCCGAUCCGUCCCAGUGGCUGACUCUACCGCCAGCAGCAAGAGUACCUACAAGGUUCGAUGGCUGGGGCACCAGGAUAAGUGGGUGUUUGCGUGUAGGAAGGCGGUGUUUGUGUUUAUGUUUGUUGCUUUUGUUACGGGGGUUGUUGUACCGAUGGCUCUGAGGGCGGGUCACUGA